CGCACACCGGCCGCCGCCGGCGGGGCUGGCCGGGGCGGCGGGGGCUAUUGUGUGCACCAGACGGGGACACACACACAGACGCACACACACUCACACACACGCACUCACACGCACCCGCGGCUCGGAGGGAAAGUAUCGCGAGAGCGGCCGGCUAACAACCUGCUCCACAACACCGCCGCGCCGCCGGCCCCGCGCCGCACCCGCGGAGCGCCGCGCACCGCCGCGCACAUGCGGACGCCCAGCCCCGCCGUCGCACGCCGGUUAUGAAGGAAGAAUGGAGUUUCCAGACCAUAGCCGCCAGUUGCUGCAGUGUCUGAGUCAGCAGCGUCACCAGGGCUUCCUGUGUGACUGUACUGUUUUAGUUGGAGAAGCUCAAUUCAGAGCUCACAGAGCCGUUCUUGCCUCUUGCAGUAUGUACUUCCAUCUUUUCUACAGGGACCAGUUAGACAAAAGGGAUAUUGUGCAUCUGAACAGUGACAUUGUCACAGCCCCUGCCUUCAGCCUGCUGCUCGAAUUCAUGUACGAGGGAAAGCUGGAAUUCAACAGUCUCCCGGUCGAAGAUGUGCUGGCUGCGGCUAGCUACCUUCACAUGUAUGACAUUGUGAAAGUCUGCAAGGGCAAGUUGAAAGAUAAAGAAUUAUGUUCGGAAGAGAAGAUUAAUGAUGAGGCGGCUAGUUUGGAGAAAGCGGAGCAUUUUCUAGACGCCGGAGUGCCCCUGGUCCACGAGUUUGACCCAGGAAACAAACAAAAAUUCAGCGUUGCAGAAUACGAGAGAGCAGCAGGCAAAGAAAAGGUCAGCAGUCACCCCGCCUGGUCCUCUGAUCAUAUAAGUGUCAGCUCUGUGCCGACAGAGGCAGAACCGUGCGCCGCAGCAGCUGGAAAAACAAAGGCUAAUGUCAAUAGUUCCACGGGACCUUUGUCCCAAAGGUCUGUUAACCAUCCCCUGGCUUCGAGUGAUGUGGACUGCGCGCUGGAUUUGUCUUUCAAGCCCGUGCCGGGGAGAGAUUCCUUACACCCCUCCUAUGUCUUUGGACAGCUGGCUUCCGACAGCCAGCAGCAGGGUACCGAGCCACUUGUUAAAGAUGAACAAGACUUGCUGUCAGAUCAGGAGGACGGCGAAGCCAGGAGUCCGGAGAGUCAGCAUUUUGGGAAUUCAGCCAAAAGCCUAGUGACAGGGUUAGGACACAUGUUUGCGGGGAAUGGCAGCUCUCAUGCCCGAGAGGAGGAUAUAGAUCACGAGCGAGACGAGAGCGAGGACGACAUGGAUUCGUCGGACAUCUCCUCCUCCGGCGUCCUCGUGCCUCCCGGGCAUAUCUGCAUUUGCCCCCUCUGUAGCAAGGUGUUCCCGAGCCCGCACAUCCUUCAGCUCCACCUGAGCUCUCACUUCCGCGACAAGGACGGCUCCCGGACCCGCCUGUCCCCCGACGGGUCGGUCCCCACUUGUACCCUCUGCGGAAAGACUUUUUCUUGCAUGUACACCUUAAAGAGGCACGAGAGGACUCACUCGGGGGAGAAGCCCUACACCUGCGGCCAGUGCGGAAAGAGCUUCCAGUAUUCCCACAACCUCAGCCGCCACGCAGUGGUGCACACCAGGGAGAAGCCCCACGGGUGCAAGUGGUGCGAGAGACGGUUCACGCAGUCUGGGGAUUUGUACAGACAUAUCCGCAAAUUUCAUUGUGGCCUUGUAAAGUCCUUGGUUGUUUGAGAAGUGCGUUUUUUUGUUUUUUUGUUUUUUUUUAAUUUUUUUCCCCUCCGCCCAUUUAAAACAAAACAGGAAAAAAAGGCAGCAUCUGAAUUUUAAUUUUUUUUUUUUCCUCCCUCCCUUUAUUUUAUUUUGGUGAUACUCACUUCAGGUAUAUGAUCUUUAAAAGAUGCAGAGGUAUACACUCCAGAGGCCUUUUAAUGCAAUCCUUCCAUCUCUCCAUCUCCCCCCUUCCCUGCCACCCGCCCUUCCCAGCACUGUUCUUUAGGUCUUCUCUUGCGCACCCAUGUUACAUUAUUAAUGUGAAAUGAUCUAAGUAAUUCUGCAAUGAUUUAGCAUCUGUUUUCAUGCUGGAAGUACUUGCCUCGUGGUCAGGGUUUUUUGGUUUUUUUGUUGGGGUUUUUUUUCUUGGUUUUUUUUUUUUUUUUAGUUUGAAAAAAAGAUUAUCAGCAAAUUCCGGAGAAAAAUUUGGAUUCCGUUAAGCUCCCCUAAUGCUCUCUGCGUGUUGCAUAGAAACAUCCAAAGAGAUGAACUAUGAUUUAAAUACAUUUCAGUGUAGAGAAACUUGUCUGCAUAUCGCAGAGUAUGCAGAUGUACUCUUAUGUUACAGACCUAAACGAGACCUUAAAUUGGCCCAAAUUAUAAAGGGGGUUGAGGAUUCCUGGCUGUGUCUUUGGUACUGGUCAU